AUGGGGUUGAUAACCUCUCUCCCCUGCGAGGUCCUCGGCCUUGUUCUUGCAAACUGCGAGAGCUUUACUCAGCUACGCGACGCGACAUUGACUUGCAAGUCAUUUUACUCAGCCUGGAAGUCCCAUACCGGGUUGAUUCUCUGGAAUAUUGGUCAAUUUGAGAUCGUCGGUUUUACCGACGCGUUGAUCGCUGUGAGAGCAACAGAGAUUGCAAAGCAAGCGAUUCUGAAGGGACAUCUCCCACCCUCUCCAUUCCCUCUGGGUCAACUGAGCGGAGACGUCCGCAAACCAACACUGGAUGAGCUGAAAGUUCUGUUCAAUUUCCGGCAUUUGGUCGAGUGUCUUGAACGGCUUGCCAAGGACGACAGUCACGCAUACUGGUGUGAUUUCAUUGAAAGUCUCGAGCCGGAAGACAGGAUCAACGCGUGGAUGGUGUGGAAGGAGCGCUUUCAUGUCGCGUUGUAUCGGAGCUUUCUUUCUGGCGCUGCGCUGUAUCGUGCGUACCACGAGCCAUUAACUCUGGCAAGCACUUGUGGUCUUCCGCAUUUCCUGGACAAAUUCUGGAGCAAUAUGGAAGACGAAGACGGAGAGGAUGAAGAGGAAGAGCAAGAGGAAGAUCAUCACAGUGACCCUUUUACGCCGGCUGAGAAGCGCUACCUGGUCCAGUAUCCCAUAUUCAGAUUUGAGGAAUUCCAAUAUCACGGGGAUAUAUUCCAGCCUCUGGCGGAUAUCUUCGUACAGGAGAGCAAGAGAAAGACCGAGGUGGUGAGUACGUUAAGAGGUGCGAGUCUCUAUGAGCGGUACGGUGCAAAGCAAUAUGACCCUGAUAUCCUCGAAAGAAGUCAUUCCCAGGCGCUCUUCCAUCAACUCUUGCAGUUCAUGUUCGUUGCGCAUAGUCCGAUGCUCAGAAAAAUAAUCCGAAAUGAGGAUGGAAGCGAUUAUCAGCAGAGGCACAAUGAACCGACACUCAAAGAGAUGAUCGGACGUAGCCGUACCGUCUCCGUUAUCUUUUUUGAUGUGUUUAGUCUCGAGGAGAUUAUCAUGCCAGAGGAUGUGGAAGAUGCAGGCGAGACGUUCGUCCUUGCACGUCCCGGUGUCGAGCGUCCUAUGGUCGAUGAGGCUAACUUGCCCGGACUUGAAUAUGCGUCCCGCAAUCUUGGGCUCUUCCUCCACGAGAUUAAAUGGUUCUCUGGCCAGCCAAAUUGCUACUGGCCAGGCUGUGGGACCCCUCCUCCCGAGUUUCAGUUUAUGCGAUACAUGCUGGCCAAAUACUUCCACCUCCGGUUCAAAGACGACACGUGGGAUUGGGAAAACAACCGCAACCACGCCCAGCCUAUCUUACCCUGGAUUAGAUUCAUCAUUAGCGGUGAUGUCUUCUGUGAGCGUAUUCUGGUGGACGAAUGUGAAGGCGCCUGUGCCCUCUUGGAGUCAAUUAAUGCUCCCAUUCCUGAGCCUCAUUUUGUUCAUCGUUCUUCUUGGCCAUGA